AUGAUGUCCUGUCGCUGGCUGCUGCCUUUGGCCGCGUCCGUUUCUUCGGCUUCGGCGGCCAACGAAGCGGAGUGCGGCCAGCCGCUGCUGGAGUUCUUGCACGAGCUGCGUACCUUUGGCGCCACGGGCGGCGGCCGCUUUGGCUUCGGGGUGUCCAGGCCCGCCUUCUCGGAGGACGAUAUGGCGGCGCGGCGCUGGCUGGUGACGCGCUUGGAAGCGCUGGGAAUGGAGGCGGCGGUGGACGGCGCCGGCCACGUCUUCGGGCGGCGAAAAGAGCAUCGCGACACGCCCGUGCUGCUCUUGGGCAGCCACUCGGACUCUCAGCGCGAGGGCGGGUGGCUGGACGGUGCCCUAGGGGUGGCCUACGCCUUCACCGCCGCCAAGGCUCUCGGAGGAGAGGCCGGGGAAGAGGCGCCGCUGGAGGUGGUGUCCUUCCAGGACGAGGAGGGGCGCUUCGGGGUCACCCCCGGCAGCCAGCACUUCGCCCACGGCGCUGCGCUUUGGGAGCUGCCGGACCUCCACAACCGCGCGGGCGGCCUGACCUAUGCGGACGCAGCGCGACUUGCCAACGUCACGGGCGAGGCGAGCAGCUUCGAGGGCCGGGGGCCCUACCUGGGCUUCUUCGAGGCGCACAUCGAGCAGGGCCCGCGGCUGGAAGCGGCGAAGCAGAAGAUCGGGGUGGUGGAAGCCGUGGUGGGCCUGGGGCAGUACCGCAUCUCCUUCACUGGGGAGCAGAAUCACGCCGGUAGCACGCCCAUGGCUUCCCGCAAGGACGCCUUGGCUGCUGCUUUGCGCACGGGUGCGGCAGUACUGGAUGCGGUGGAAGCUGCAGCAAAAAGCCUUGACCCGGAGGCGGUGUAUGGGAUCAACGUCGUGGAGGUGGAGGGGCCGAACUCGGCCAGCGUGGUGCCGGGCCGCAUCACUCUGAUCCUCCAGUUCCGCAGCGCCCAGACGGGCGCUCUGGAUGCCAUGGCGCAGGCGGCGCAAGGAGCGGCGGAGGCCCACAACGGGCGGCGCGGGGUGGCGGUGGAGUUUGCGGUGGACCGGGCGACCCUGGCGCCGGUGCAGUUUCAGUCCUCCAUGGUGUCCGACCUGGCCACAGCCGCCGAAGCCUCGGGCCACGAGUUCAUGCGCAUGACCGCGCGCGCGGUGCACGACGCCAGCAACCUCGCGAGGAAAACGCCCACGGUAAUGAUGUUUGUGCCCAGCAUCGGUGGAAUAUCCCACAGCUUUGAGGAGCACACCGAGGAGGCAGAUCUGGUGGUGGGCUGCGAUGUCUAUGUGGCAGCUGUGCGGCGCAUGCUUCGGCGAUGGGAGACAUCGAGUGAGCUGUGA